AUGGCAAAGAAGAACCUCUCCUUAGUGAAUGAAUUCCUCCUCAUCGCAUUCACAGAGUGUCCUGAAAGGGAACUCCCUCUCUUCCUUCUCUUUCUGUUUAUCUAUCUCAUCACCUUGUUGGGGAACUUGGGGAUGAUCACCCUGAUUCGCAUGGAUCGUCGACUUCAUACCCCAAUGUACUUCUUUCUGAGUCAUCUCUCUUUCAUGGACAUCUGUUAUUCAUCUGUCACUGUUCCUCAGAUGCUGGCCGUGUUGUUGGAACACGGGGCACUUUUGUCCCUCACACGCUGUGCUGCCCAGUUCUUCCUGUUCACAUUCUUUGGCUCCAUUGACUGCUACCUCCUGGCCCUCAUGGCCUAUGACCGCUACGUGGCUGUGUGUCAACCCUUGCUUUAUGCCACCAUCAUGACGCAGAAGAUCUGUCUGGGUUUUGUGGCCGGGGCUUACAUUGCUGGUCUCCUCAGUGCUUUCGUGCGCACUGUCUCAGCUUUCUCUCUCUCCUUCUGUGGAACCAACGAGAUUGACUUCAUUUUUUGUGACCUUCCACCUCUCUUAAAACUGACCUGUGGGGACAGCUACACUCAAGAAGUGGUAAUUAUUGUGUUUGCCAUUUUUGUCAUCCCUGCUUGCAUGGCGAUGAUCUUGGUGUCCUAUUUGUUCAUCAUAGUGGCCAUUAUGAAGAUCCCCUCAGCUGGUGGUCAGCUCAAAACCUUCUCCACCUGUGCUUCUCACCUCACCACAGUCUCCCUCUUCUUUGGCACGCUCAUCUUCAUGUAUCUGAGAGACAACUCUAACCAGUCCUCAGAAGAGGACCGAGUGGUGUCUGUGUUCUACACAACAGUGAUCCCUAUGUUGAACCCCUUUAUCUACAGCCUGAGGAACAAGGAAGUCAAGGAGGCCCUGAAGAAAAUCACCAGUAGAGUCAAGUCGUCUUAA